AUGGGCGUGAUUUCGGCCCUAGCCGCUUUUUAUGCCAUGCUCAGAACCUGGCUUUGGUCAAGGCGUGCCGGUGUCCUUCGUUUGGACGCGAUGCUCAUUAUUAAACUGCUGGCGUUUGCGGCUGGUGCUAUUGCCAAUUGUUUCCUUAUUGUCCUUUAUGGCAUCUGCUUAUACUUCCUACUGUUUUAUAAGGUCAGUAAGUGA